CGAGCGUGACGGUCAGCCGCUGCUGCUGCUGCUGCUGCAGAGAGAGAAGCGAAGCUCUGCGCUUCGAGCUGACAGUUGUUGCGAUGGCCAUGGCGGCCUCGAUCAAGCCCGGCAGGUUCAUAGCGCCGAGCGCCCGAGUGCAGCCCGUCUGGCUGGGUGCCAAAGCAGGCCGGUGCUCGUUCGUUGUCCGGGCCGUCGAUGAGAAUGUGAAGGUGGAGAACGAUUCCGGCGCCAGUGCCGCAGCUGCUGCUGCUCCGAAGCGCGGGCAAGUCAGCACUUGGUUCGAUGAGACGUACACCUCGUGGCCAGAAAUUCACAGGGUGCUCACGGAAAGGAAGAUGAAAAGCUUGGAGUGGCAAAAAGCGUACGAGAUGUUGCAGGCCGGAGAGGCAGUGUUGAUCGACGUUCGCGAAGCUCAAGAUUUUGAAAAGAUUCGUGCACAAGUUGCCAUAAAUGCUCCACUUUUCCGACUGAUACAGGGAAACAGCUUCAAAGCCAACAUCAGGAGGCUUGGACAUGCUUUGAUUACGGACUUUGCUGGAACAGAACGAAAUCCCGACUUCCUCUCCCAAGCUAUGAAUGCCGUAAAUGGAGAAUUGGAGAAACCUGUGGUGGUUAUGUGCGACGUCGGAGGAACACUGAAAACCAUUGUUGAGAGGCCGGGACUGAAACCGAAAUCGUACGCCGAUCCUGAACGUCGUUUUGGGCGAGCAUCGCGGUCCUUGAGGGCUGUUUAUGAGCUUCAGGAGGCGGGAUUCUCGAAUGUCUACCAUUUCACCGGUGGCUUCAACACCUGGAUGCACGAGGAUUUGCCGACAGAUGGUGAAGGUUACUGACGAUAGAAGAGUAGAUAUGUUCCAUGAUUGGUGCUGCCUGAAAAUUUGUCGAAGUAACUUGCCAUCUCUGUAUUUUAUCAAUCCAACUUGUAUGACUUAUUCAUAGCACUAUGCACUUCCGCUUCUAAACUCUUUGAAAACGAGGGUUCAUAUAUUGUCUAGACGAGUGAACCCACGUUAUAGUAUAGUGGGGGACUUAACAAUUGUACAUUGGAUUUCUUCAUAUAACUUGUCUUAAUGAUGUAUUUGGAAUAGUGUAGAGAUAAGAAAAAACAGUAAUGACUGAUUAAAUUUUUUACGAGUUUUGAAAGGGUGCUG